AUGGGUCUCGCAGGACGAAAGAACCGCCGGAAGCUUGAGUACGAUCCUAACAAUCUGAGAUGGAGUCGCGACGAGACCACCUUCGGGCACAAGAUCAUGCGAACCCAGGGCUGGGAACCGGGGAAGCUGCUAGGGGUACAGGAUUCAGCGCAUGCUCAUCUGCACACAGCAGCAAGCUCUGCCCCCAUCAAAGUCUUCGUGAAGGACGAUACCUCGGGCCUAGGGGCAAAACCCCGUCAAAAACAGAGCGAUGAGUGCACCGGCCUCGACAGUUUUAAGGAUCUUAUCGGGAGGCUGAACGGGAAGUCCGAGGAGACCAUUCAGAAGGAGCAGCAAGUCCGAUUGGAUUUCAAGACGAGCUUGUUUGUAGAACGGAGAUACGGGCCCAUGCGAUUUGUUAGCGGUGGACUUCUGGUCGGGGAGCAGAUCAAGGAGCUGGCGAUCACCGUUUCGAACCCGACAAUCCCCCGAAAGACGAGUGAAGAGGAACCAGCCACCACGCCGGAGGGGGAUACCGCCUUCUGCAUAAAAAAAGAGAAGAGAGAAAAGAAAUCGAAGAAGCGGAAGGCGGAGGAGGGUGGUCUUACCGACGAAGCCGAUGUUACUCGCGAGAAGAGGAGGAAGAAGCGCUCCACAAGUGACGGCACUCCGGAUGGCUUCUCUGGCGAUUUGGGCGUGGAGAAGUCCAGUAAGAAGAAGUCUAAGAAGCUGAAGCAGGAAGAGGGAGAGGAAGAGGAAAAGGAGCUAGGCGAUAAUCUGGAGACAACGCGAAGAAGGAAGAAGUCCAGGGGCGAGUCAAAAGAGGGCCCCAAGCAAGAUACCGAAGCCGGCGCCUCUAUAUUACUUGGAGAUAUGGAGGUCGAGGUCAAGAAAGCAAAGUCGAAGAAGGCGAAGAAGGAAAAGGGAAGGAAGGGGAAGGAAGAAAGACAAACGAGCGUGUCAGGCCUGUUAGCAGAAAACCUUGUAUCAACCGAGUCGUCGACCCCCUCUCAGACUGGCACCCCCCAGGAAAGCGGCGUGGCAACACCAACACCAACCGGGACCGGCACAUCAACCCCCCAAUCGCUUUCUACGAGGCAUUACGUCCGAUCACGCAACAUCGCGUCAAAACGGAUGGCCAUGGCCGACCUGCAGGCGUUGAACCAGAUCUUCAUGGUGAAGUCAGUUGCCUAG